CUCGGCGCCCGGCCCGGGGUUGCUUGCAGGGCGGUUACUAGGCAAGCGGUUUCCUGGACACGGAGGCGUCUGUGCGAAGGCACGGGCAUGGCUGUUCGGCAUAUACACUGGCUGCAGAUUGCUGGAGGCUUCAUUAUGGAUUGAGCUACCUUCACCACAAAAUGCAAGUGGAGCAUAAAUGAUGGCUUUACAUUCAAAUUUAAUUUAUAUGACCUGGGAAAUUUGUGGGAAAAGCAAAGUUCUGAAUAAUUGAAUUACCUUAAGAAAAUGGCCUCCACAGAAAAUCUUCGUGAGAAGAUUAAAAAUAAGCGAAAGGCAUUGCAAGCAUCUCUAAAUGUGAGCAGAGAUGUCAGUGAUACUCAGGGAUUGGUUUCUGCAGAAGUGGAAAAUGGUACAAGAAAUGAAAAUGGUACAUUUGUGGAGGAUAUUCAGAAUGAGGAUGAACAGGUAGAAAACCUCAAGCAAACCAUGAAAGCCCAAAGAAGACGAAGAAAAAAGCCUCUUAUGGAUGUUGCUGAUUUAAAUCCUGAAGAAUCUAAACAGGACAUCAUCAAGAUCACUCGUCGUCAGAGAUCUCUUCCUGCUUUUGCUGUGUCCACCCCAACUACUAGUUUUGCUGAAUACUCCAUGAGAGAGAAAAUGAGGGAGAAACUGAAAGCAGCCAGGUCUAAAGCUGAGAGUGUCAUCCAGCAAGAGGAAGAGGAUACAUCUGGAUGUCCAACCCAUCUCAAAGAUCAAGCAUUGGUCACUCAAUUUGACACUGAGGCAGACGAAGAGAAUGUGAAGACACCAAGGGGUGUUGAGUCAGCUCUUCCUCCACGGGUUAGGUUUCGUGAGGUAGCGAGUAGAUUGAAGCAGAAACCUAAGGAUGGGUUUCCAUCUGCCGAGGAGGCAUAUAACUUCUUCACCUUCAAUUUUGAUCCUGACCCUGAAGAGUUAGAGGAAGAGACAAAAGUGGAGAAUCGACCAGAAACACCACAUAAAGAAAACCAGGGUGAAGAGGAAGAGUUAGAAGAUGGUGGUGAAGAGUCUGCAGUCAGCAAAGGUGGAGAAAAGGAGGAAGAAGAAGAGGAAGAGGAUCAACCCCUUGUAAAAGAUAAUGAUGAGGAUGACUAUCUUUUUAUAAUCGAUCAGACAGUUCGUGAUUUUCUUGUAGUGAAAGCUCCUGAUUAUGAAGGCUACCACAAUCAACUGCAGAAAGACCGAAAAGUCCUUUUCACCCCCAGUAUCCUGGCAGUGUCUACGUCAGAGAAAGUGCCUGAAAACAUGCAACCAAGAUAUCCCGAAGAUGAAGGUAUAUAUGUUGGAGAAAAACCAAAAGUUUCCAAACCAAACCAAUAUAUUUUUGAGAAUCGGCUACUUAAAAAUGAGGAUGGGAAGAAAUGGUUUGGAAGUGACGGCAGAAUUAUAGCCUUACCUAACCCAGUCAAGCAGACCAAAACCAGACCUCCCAUAUUCUCUCCCCACGAUGAAGUGGAUCCUGCAAUAGAAACUUUAUAUAGAAAGGCUGAGAAGUCCAAGUACAAUAAUCAAUAUAUCACUGGAUCAGCAGAACUACAGGGACAUUUUCAACUCGACAUUGAUGUUGCCAGUAUUGUAUUCACCCACCACCCUAUGUUCAGUCGUGAGCAUGUAUUGGCAGCUAAGCUGAUUCAGCUGUAUGACCAGUAUCAACUUCGACAGCAGAAGAACCUUGCCACCCUUUACACUGACAAGUUACGUGCUCUAAGGAAUGCGGUGAACAACAUUACCGAUGGCCGAAGUGUGCAGAAUUCACUGGCACAGCACAGACUUGUGGAUUAUAAGUCAGAGAUCCGAGCAACCCGAAGGAUGUGUCACAUGGAACAAGAAAGAGAUCGAACCCUGCUAAAGAAUAUUGUUAAAGUAUGGAAAGACAUAAAGUCACUUAGAGAGUUCCAGAAAUUUACCAACACACCAGUGAAGCUACAUCUUAGAAGACAAGAGGUUAACAGGAAAGCUGAUGAAGUAAGCUAUGAAUGUGAAAUCCAGGCUGAGAUUGCAGAACUUCUAGAAGACUAUCAAGAAGACUAUGAGAAUAAGAUGGAAGAAUAUAAAAUAAAGUAUGAGGAAUGGAAAACCUGGAGAAAAGCAAAAAAAGCAAAGAAAAGGAAGAAGAGGAAUGCAGAUGAGCAGCAGACUGACACAGAGGAGAGUUUGAUGGUUGAAGAACUUUCAAAGCCUGAUCCUCCAGAGCCAGUUGAUUCUUCAGUCAUAGAGCAGCAAGUCCGAGAAAGAGCCACCAGAAUUUAUCGGAAACCAGGAGAACCCAUCCUGUCCCCUGAACUGAGCAUGGCAGCUACUGUAACACCCACCAGCCAGUGCCCAAGAGGGGAGCAACUGCGAAGACUGGAUGUGCAAAGAUGCACACUGUUUGCUAAAGUUCUCUUUAACAACAAAGAGGUAUCCAGGACAAGUAGCCGAACAUUGGACGCUGAUUUUAGAAUUCAUUUUGGACAGAUCUUCAACAUGCAAAUAGUCAACUGGCCAGAAAGUAUAAAGAUUCAGAUAUUUGAAUCUGUUGGAACAAAUACCACGAAGGUAGAAAUCUUUGUUCCCAUCCCAGAAACCAGCAUCCUCACAGGGAGUGCCCCAGUUGAGGAAAUUGAAUUUAGCAGUGAUCAUCGUGUAAUGUUUGACCAUGAAGGCGUUGGCAGUGGUGUGCCAUUUUCCUUUGAAGCUGAUGGAAGCAAUCAGUUGAUCCUGUUGACCUCUGGCAAACUAGCUUGCAGUGUCUCCUGGGCAGUGGGUGAAGAUGGUGUGCCAUUGGUGCCUCCAAUGCUUCAGCAAAAUUAUGGUAUUCAAAGUGCCUUAAAACACUUGGAUGCCAUUUCAUCUAUUGGAGCAACUGGGUUAACAGAUACAAAGAAACUGGCUAAAUGGGCAGCAGAGUCAAGGCUUGACCCCAAUGAUCCCAGCAAUGCAGCUCUGAUGCAACUGAUAAUGUCUGCAACAAAUGGUGAAGAACGGGAUAAAGAUUACUUCAGACUUGAGCACCUGCAAGAAGAAUUUAACUUUGUUUCAGAAGAAGAUUUGAACAAAUCCAAGAGAUUUCGACUGCUGCAGCUCCGAAAUGAAGGGGUGACAGAAUUCCUUAAUUAUAAACAAAUUCCCAUUCAGGAUUCUCAAAUUUCUGAGAAGAUUUUCCAGGAAUACAAGAAGAAACAAUGUGAAAGAGAGACGAUUGAUAUGACAAGCCACCUUGAUGUCCAUAGAGCAAAGGUAUCGAAAUACUUGCAAAAGGUGCGGAAUUCUGUAGCAAGUAGAUUUCUGCUGGCAAAGCAUCGUUAUACCUUGUCACAUAUGGUUAUUGAGGAAGCGGUACCAAGCAUAAGUGUGUUGGGUGUCAGUCUGAUCAAACUGGCUGAACCAAGGAGGCCACUUAGACCGCGAAGAAAAGAAAGGAAGAAGGUCACUGCGCAGAACCUUUCUGACGGAGAUAUUAAGCUUCUGGUGAACAUUAUCAGAGCCUAUGACAUACCAUUACGUAAAUCCAUGGGAAGUAAACCAGCACUAACUUCCAGAUCGGCUAGAUCUAUUAAUGAAACGUUUUCCGGCUCUCAGCCACCCCAGACAUCCUCUCAAAGCCCUGAGUGGUUUACUGACCAGGUCACAGUGCAUCCUUUUGUGGAGGUUUCAUUCCAACGUACAGUUCGUCGAACUGCUACUCUAGAUGGCCCAAACCCUAACUGGAAUGAAGAACUGGAACUUCCAUUCAGAGCACCAAAUGGGGAUUAUAGUACUCCCAGUCUACAGUCUGUUACAGAUGAAGUUUUUAUCAAUGUUUUUGAUGAAGUUGUUUAUGAUGUACUUGAGGAUGAAAGGGAACGUGGAAGUGGAGUUCACACCCGUAUUGAGAGACACUGGUUGGGUACUGUCCAUAUUCCAUUUGCUACCAUCUACUCCCAGUCCCGGAUUGAUGGAACCUUCAGAAUUAAUACACCCCCGGUACUUCUAGGGUACAGCAAAGAGCGUAAUCUAGCCAGUGAAAGAGGAUGGGAGGCAGUUCGGAGAUUAAGUGAAGGGUCAUAUUUGUCUCUCUUCAUUACUGUUGAGCCUCAUCUUGUACCUGGAGAAGCUGUAAUUGAAAAGAUGACUGAGAUGCUGAAAAAGUUUGAGACACAGGAAGAUGAUAAACUUCUGGAAAGGGCAGACAAGUUCCAGAAGGAAGUCACAAAGAAGUUCCCAAAUCGUCGAUGUAUUACGACUGUUACUGAUCUCACUGGCAAGAUGGUUUUUGUUACAAGGUUCAUUAAACCAUUAUUUCCACCCCAGGAGCUGCUGGAUGUGUCUGCUCAUAAUCCUGAGGCCACAGUGGAGCUGGUGGCUCGUUAUGUUUCUCUGAUUCCAUUCUUACCAGACAGUAUAUCCUUUGCUGGUGUCUGUGACCUCUGGUGCACUUCAGAUCAGUUCCUGAGCUUGCUUGCUGGUGAUGAGGAGGAACAUGCAGUUCUUCUCUGUAACUAUUUCCUUGCACUGGGAAAGAAAGCUUGUUUGUUGAUAGGGACAGCCAUUCCUGAGGGUCCAACAGCAUAUGUGCUGACCUUUGACCAGAACCAAUAUGUAAUCUGGAACUCCACUACUGGACAUUAUUACGGACAAUUUGAUGCAUUCUGUCCUUUGCAGAGUGUCACGUGCUUGAUUAGUACUGAUAAUAUCUGGUUCAACAUGCAGAAAUAUGAAACGGUUACGAGAAUAAAUUUUGAUACCAGCAAGUCAAACAUGUGGAAGCCAUUUUUUUCACGAAGCUUUCCCUUCCCAGGCUUAUCAAGUGUUCAGCCAGAAGAGUUGGUAUAUCACCAUACUGACAAGGCUGCUGCAGUAGAACUUCAGGACAAGAUUGAAAAGAUCCUGAAAGAGAAGAUCAUGGAGUGGAGACCAAGACAUCCAACACGCUGGAACAGAUACUGUACUUCUACUCUACGGCAUUUCCUGCCUAAACUUGAGCUCAGUCAAGGGGGAGAGGUUGGAGAUGACCAUUGUGCAGAACUGCAGAAUCUAUUGGGAGAUUACAGGAUUUCUGGGUUCCCUAUUAACAUGUCUUUCUCUGAACUGAAGCCGAUUAUUGAAGCAGUACACAGCACUGGCGUCCAUAAUACGGAGAUCCCUCUAGCAGAGUUUGCUUUGGCUGUGUAUAUUCACCCAUAUCCCAACAAUGUUCUGUCGGUCUGGAUUUAUGUGGCAUCCCUGGUUCGCAACAGAUGACAUACACAAUGAGUUGUAAUCUUUGUCAUCCUGACCUUCACGGGAAAGUAUACUUCUAUCAUUGUGCCUUGCCUCACUGAAUAUUACAGAGACCAACAGUAUUUCUUCAUUUGGUUUCAGCAUAAUGCAAAUUAGAUGUAAUACCAUAUGGAAAACAAUACUUAUGUUUUAUCAUAACUUUAUAUCAAGACUCUAUCUUAAAUUUGUACAUGCAUAUUUCUUGCACUUCUGUAAAAAAUGUGGCCUUGCACAUGAAAACUGACAUGUCUUUCCACAUAAUGCAAACAACCCUGAUUCCUUCCCCUAUCUUGCUUUAUGGUGAACUUGUCAUGUGAGACAAAUAUAAUUUUAGAUCUAAUUGAGAACAUCAAUAUUGCAACAAUAUUGAUGUGGUUUACAGCAGAGUACUUCUACUCGGAGAAAAAACAGAAUCGUGCAAGUAUUCUGCAGGUUAAGCAGUAUCCUGAGGAGAAAGAAAUACAGUUAAUGUUUCAGGCCAAUGAAUUGUCAUCUGAAGUCAUUGAAGAUUAUAAUAUGCCUAGUCAGAAGAUGAGAUCCUGUUUCUACAGGCUUCCAUUAUGUUUCCUUUGUAAAUGUAAGAGGCUAGAGACAGAGAUCGGAGUAUUAAUCUGUUUGUUGCUGCCCACUGCUUGCAUUGAACUAUGGUGUUGCAUUAAUCACAGUAUAUAUUUUGUACACAAGUCAGUUUAUUUUAUAAGAUAAUUUAUUUGUACAGUUGUAGUUGAAAUUGUAAUCUUAGUCAUCAGUUUGGAAUUUUUUACUUUCAUUAUAGUAUAUUGCACACAUUUAAAGCUUAAACUCGGUCAUAACUUUCUCAUUGCUUUCUACUUUCUCUCGUAUUUCUCUUACCUUAUGCUCACUGUCUAAUUUUUUUAAAUGAUUUUGAUUUUGAUUCCUAAAUGCAUCUGAGGACCACUGUUUGAUAAAAAAAAUCUUAAAACAUGGUGAAAGUCUUUGCAUAGUAGACAGUCAAGGCAAGAGCAGAAAACUACUAACCUGGCCUGUGUAUUACUAGGAACGGAUGUUUCUGAAAUAGAUCUCAAAUAUGAACAUUACACAACUUCAAGUUUCAAUUACAUGUGCAAUCCACAAUCUGUGUUUAACGCUACACAUGCUUUGGCAAAAUUGAGUUAACAUCCAAAUUUGCACUACAUUUCAUGAACAUAAAUUCAACCCCAAAAUCGGCAGUGAAUCAACAUGCUUAGGCAGCAAGAUCAGUUGCAAUCAAUCGCAGUCUGGAAUGAGACUUCUGCUAUUGGGCUUAAAAAAUAUGAAAAUUUCUUCCAGUGUUUGCUGCAGCUGAAUAAAUAAGUUAAUCUAUAGUAAUCCACUUUCCAAGGACAACUCUAUUAGCACAGUCCAAAAUCACUUGUAACUGUGUUUAAAAUAUUACAGAGACUAAUAUGGGAAAGAGAUCUAAUGUGGUUUCAGUGGAACUGCUCGCAAUUAUGAGUUCAUGUCACAGCAGGAUAAGCUUAGCAACUUCCAAAAUGGGUGCAGUGAUGAGAACCUUUAAUUUCCUUCAAGCGUGUGAAUAUGAUCAUGGACAGAAAUUAUCUUGGCCAAUGUAAAAAUAAGUGGAAAUCAAUUUAGGGCUACAAUUGCCGAUAUUUAAGAGUGGUUUAGUUUAAUGAUAUCCAGAUUCUGUUUUUAUUGUUUGUACGGAUACCUUGUGGAAAAUCUGGGCCACUAUAUUACGUCUUGUUAUUUGUCUCAGUUAAUAGUAGUUACUUUAGCACACAGGAUGUGACUUAGAUUGUAGAAUUUGGUAACUGUAAAAUAAUUUUGUUUAUAUAUAGUUUAAGUAUUACAAAAUUGAUACCUUGCGUUCAGAUAAUAUUUUAUAAAGAUGUACAAUUAACAGUUCAAUAUCCAAGUGAUAAUAAGAAUGAUGGUAUUGAUGAGGAUUCAUUCUCAGGUCAGAUCUUUCUACUAGAAGAAACAAAUCUAAUGAUACAUACACAUAUUGUAGAUGUUCAUUUACUUUAAGUUCUGCAGUAAAACACAAGAUGCAAAUGAAGAUAAGAACUGCAACUCAAAAAAAAAGACAUUUACACCAAAUGGACCAUGUUUGAUAAUUAUCUUCAGUUUGAGCAUAGGCUGUAAUCCCAUGUUUAAUUUUUUCCCCAUUCCUUUCAUCCUCCUUUUAACCAAACAAUUAUAGGUUCCCAUAUAUUAACAUGGCUUUUUCUUGAUUAAUUGCACUGACAGCAUAGCCAAGAGGCUGAGGCAUGGAAAAUGUUGUUUGUUUUCUAACUCGAUUCUCUUGUUAAAUUUUAUAUCAGCCUAUUCUACACUCUACUAUAGGAAUUCUUCUAUCCACUCUUGCCAUCCACCUCCAAAUGUUAAACAUCUCGAUGAAACAUGUUGAUCUAAUGAAAACAGCCUCAGUUCAUAUUUCCGUAUACCUGACCGUCUGUGAUUUACUGUACGUUGUUCUUCAAUAUCAUUCCUAACAUGUGGUGACCAGAUACUCCCAGCAGCCGAAUAAUGAAGGUUUUACAUGAAGUCACAGCUUUUGCAUUCCAUACAUUCACCUUGUUACAUUUCCAUUGACUAUUUCAGAUUCUAAAAUUAAUGAAUUUUUGUAUAAUGACUUUAUAGCUGUAUAUGAUUUUAUCCAAAUUUGUACUUUUCUACAAAAAAAAAUCUCAUUCGGGUCUUGUAAAGGAAACUAUUUAUCACUUUUUAUAUUAUCUAUUGCCAAAUUUAUUUACAAAUAUACUGUAUGAAUUAUUUUUGAGUGUGAAUCCAUUUGUAUGUUAUAUUUACACCUUCAUAUUUUGGGUUUUAGCACUGUGACUGUAUUUUGCUAAUGGGGAAAAUUUUGGAAAGUGCCAUUUUGCAGUUGAUUUUUUACUGUUAAAAUUGUAUGUUCAGAAAUAUUAAAUAUUAAUAACUGCAAAUACAUGGGUGACACAUUCACAAGUCAUAGAGAGAGAUAGAACAUAGAAACUGGCUGGCCUUUCAGCCCAUAAUCUUCUUGCCAGCCAUCAACCACCCAAUUGGUAGAAUCCUACAUUAAUUUUGUUUUAUUAUCCCUACAUUCUCAAUUCUCCCCAGAUUUGACCACUUACUUAUGUACAUGGGCCAAUGACCACAUCAAUCUGCACCCCUUUAGGAUAAGGGAGAAAACGA